UUUAUAGGACAAGUGGCGAAGAAGUCGCAGGAGUUAGUCCGUCUAUUUCUGACUGGGUAAUGGACAUUUUGGAAUAUUUGCAGUUCUCGUGUGCACGGUAAAGACUACUUGGACGGUCCAUAUCCCACUGGUGAUUACAGUCAAUAUGCCAGUGACGCAAGGUCGAUCCAGGAGGGAUCGGAACAAUGUUCUGAACCGACCGGAGUUCAUGUCACUCAACCAGCCGCUGAAGACCAACAAUGCCGAAGUUCGAGGGUCUGGUCGCCGGCCCUCUCAAAGACACCCGCAAUGCCAAUGCGCGCCCGAGAGCGCGUCUCAGGAUGGUCCGGAGAAUAACAAAGAACGGCGGGAAUCUACCAAACUACCAGAGGAAGACUGCAUGCAGCUCAACCCUUCCUUCAAAGGGAUCGCCAAAAACUCUCUUCUCGCCAUUGAUAUAUCGUUGUCCAAGAGACUAGCAGUGUGUGCGCGCGCCUCCUCCUCGAUGGGCAGCAUGCGCUCCAUAGUAAAUAUGCUGGCCCUGACCGGUCAUGCCAUCCCUUGGCUUAUCGGCACGGUCUGGUCCCUCACCAGGAGCAACACGCAUGCGGGUCAGGAGGUGCUCAUUAACCUGUUGCUGGUCCUGCUGCUGGACAUCAUGACGGUGGCGGGCGUGCAGAAGCUGGUGAAGCGCAAGGGCCCGCUGGAGAUGACGCCCAGCUUCCUGGACUACCUGGCCAUGGACGUGUACUCCUUCCCUGCCGCGCACGCCAGCCGGACGGCCAUGGUCUCCAACUUCCUGCUGGCGCACCUGGUGCUGGCCGUGCCGCUGCGCAUCCUGCUGGUGCUCUGGGCCUUCCUGGUGGGCAUGUCGCGCAUCCUGCUGGGCCGCCACCACCUGUCGGACGUGCUGUUCGGCCUGGCGCUGGGCUACCUGCACUACACGCUGGUGGAGAUGGUCUGGCUCUCCUCCAACACCUGCCAGAUGAUCAUCGACGUGAUCAGCUGGGUGCCGCUCAUCUAAGUUCAACAAGUCUCGUCUGUCUGUCCUCUCUUGUCUCAUCUCUCCUCGUCGCAUCUUGUUUCGUCUCUCUCUCCUCGUCUCAUCUAUUCUCGUCUCAUCUUGUCUCGUCUCAUCUACCCUGUCCCCCGUCCUUUCUUUCUUUCCUUCCUUUUCCGUCUUGUACCUCAGCACCAGGCAAUCCCCAUCCAUCUCCCAUCUGACGUCCCAGUGACUGUUUGGUUAUGUAUUUGUUUUUUGGUGUUUGUUUGUGAGAACGUACGAGGGAUUAUGCCCUAUUAUGUCUGUUACUGUGUUAUAACCACAGUUUAUACCGACUGACAUGACUUCAAAUGUCUUUUCAUUUUCUUGUUAAGUCUGAGCAAUGGAAGUUCUCCAUUAAGCAACGGUGCGCUGCAUUGUAAAGGUCCUCUCACACUGCCUGUGAUGGGUUAGAGUAUUAGACCUUGAUGUGUGCUAAGCAGUGCAUCUUUCUGCCAUUGGCAGUUUGGGUGUGGAACCAGUGGUGUAGUCUAUGUAGAACACGGGUAUACGGAGUAUACCCACCUCUAAAUUUCAGGGAUUUCAGUAUACCCACUUAAAAUUGAUUUAUCCAUUCUUUUGAAUAGCACAAAUAUAUACAGUAUACCCACUUCAAAAAAUGCUCGAAUAUACAGUAUACCCACCAUAAAAAAGUAGACUACACCACGGGUGGAACCUAUUUGUGCCACUAUUGCAUAAGCAGUAAGUUGUCGGUGGUAAAGCUGCAGAUGCUGAGUAUAACAUUGGUGUUUGUGAGGCCAUGUAAAUUAGGCUAGGUGAAGUUACCACAGUGUAAGUGGUAGCCCUCUGAAUAAAGGGAAUAUAAGGUGCAUUGUCCUAAAAACAAACCCACAGUGCUCUACUUUAUUUGGGGGUUUAAAAUGAUUACCAUUCCUGGGCUGAAAUACCAAGGGUACUCGACUAAGGUACGUCAGUAUUGCAGUUUCUAGCUGCUCAAGGUUAAUUAGAUACACAACCAAGGUACUCUACCAUUCUGUUUUUUGGAAUACAUCCUUUAGCUUCUAAGAUGCACGCUAUGUAUAACGAUUCUUUGCAAUGUAUCCAUGCAUCACAGGUAGUGAGAAGAGGGCCUAACAUUUAGGGUUGCCAGAUUGGGCGGUUUCCCACCUAAAUGGACUGUUUAGGAUGCCCACCGGCAGGUAAAAGCAAUGUUUUGGACGGGCUUUUUUGUAGAAUUUAGUUCAAAUUGGGGGCAGGGUUUACUGUCUCCAGGCGUAGCAUUUGUAGCAUUUAUUGGGUUGAAAAACAUCAGUCACAUCUGGCAACCCUGAUGGUCCUAAGCAUGGGUCCUUCAACAGCUACGCAUGGAAAGGAUUCUGUGCUUGUGUGUUGGUCCACAUUAAUCGUGUCCCAUAACAAUGUGUUAAACCCUGGUUCUGUAUUUACUGUAUUUCUUUUUAUUUCACAAGAUUUGUUCUCUGCUCGUGAUAAAAGCACAUCUUUGAUGGCUGUUCCUACAAUUUUGCCUUCUCAGAGGCCAACAGGAUGUAACAUUUUCAUAGGUGAGUGGCUGUGAUGGAUGCGUUUGUCUGAUUCGUGUAGGGGAGAUUUUACGAGUGAAUGUGAAACUAUACUCAGGGACUUUCACUGCUGAAAACAUUUUAACACAUUUAAUUGAAUCCUUUGUUUUCAUUCAAAGUGUGCUUCAUAUAUGGAUUUAUAAAAACGAACUACACAGUGUAAAUAGAGGGACCGGAAUGCCUUUCUUACAUUUGUGAAAUGAAAUCCUCCAUAUUUUAUAUGAGCAUAUAUUGUACAUCUCUCUUAAGUGUUGCCAGUGUAAUGUCAGUGUUUGCGGUCCCUGUCUAUGUAAAAUGCAAUAGCCACGCUGCAGGUUUUGUACAUGGUAUUUGAAGAAAGAGUUAUAUAGAAUGCGUUGGGUUGUAACCAUUCCUUGUUGGAGUUCUGUGCCAAAGUAAUCAGCCUCACGUAAUGACUGAAUCAUCUAUGCAAGCAUUUCAGGACAACUGAAGAACAUGCUACUUUUAUUGGACUGCUGGACUAUACAAGAUGCAAUAAUGGGAACCAGGAUAUUUUGUUGACUUUUGCCUCAAGACAGACAGACUGAAACACAUACACAUUGACAAUCAAAUUGGAGCCUUUUUGAUAUACUGACUUUCUCAAGGGGCUAUUGACCUAUAAUAUUAAGCAGCAAAAAGUAGUAAAGAUGGUGAUAGCCUACUUGCACAUGUUAUAUUUUGUAGCACUACACCUGUAGUGUGAUAAUUUUAGCACCACAUAUUACAUUAUCUGCUGCCUUUGUUUUCAGAAUUUGAAUCUAAAUAAUAAUAAUAAUAACAAUAUGAAUGUGAAUAAUAAUAAUAAUAAACAAGACACCAAAUCACACUUUAAUCAUGGAACUGAUGUUCAAAUGAAGAUUAAUUGAACAGCGGGGUGAAAAGCUGAAGCAGAAUUCCGGCCAAGUUCAAGAACUGUGUUGUAAAGUGUCUGCUGAUGUGGCAUGACUUUUGGAAUGCUAUUUGGAAUAUGUGAAGAAGUUUCAAGCAACAUUUAAACAGAUCCAUGCCACCAUUAGCUGGCCAGGAUCGCGGAAAGCGCUGAAUGAAAAAGCAUUCGUCUUCAGGUAACAAGCCAUUCGUUUGAUCAGUACAACUACAUGAUGAUAUUGGCCGGAUUUUUUUUGGGGGGGAAUGGCACUUAUUGUAUGGGCAAUUUAAAAUGCUGAAUUGUUUUGUAUUGGAUAAUACACAAAGCUGGCAAUUGGUAUUUAAGAGAAGAAUCCUAAAUGUUCCUCUCCUCCCCCCACCCCUUCUCUCUCACUCUCUCACUCUCUCUAUCCUUUUGUCUCUCCCUGUCUCUGUCUGUCUUCAAUGUGUCUUCUAUGUUUGGGGUUGUAUUUUUUGGCUGUUGGAAGUGUAAGUUUCCAUAAGAACUAAGCUGCAUUGAACCUCACUAUAAAGUACCUUUGACAGAAUCGGAACAGUU